UACAACUCACGACUCUCGGUGUUAAAAAAAGAAAAAACCGACGUCUCUUUCAUGGAGGACGGGAAGAAAAAGAGAGCCCGACUGUCUGAGUUCGGCACAAGCUGAAUUGAGAAAUCCGGUGGAGUUGAGAACUAAUUCGUUGGAGUCGAUGGAGAACGGGAAGGAUUGCGCCAUGGAAGAGACUUUACUGGCGAAGCAGAAGGAAAACAAUCUCUCUUCAACAUCCAGAGGUGUUUUUCUGGAAGAGAUGAAGAGAGUAGGAUACUUGGCAGCGCCGUUGGUCAUCGUCACUUUCUCGCAGUUUAUGUUGCAGAUUAUCACGUUGAUGAUGGUUGGUCAUCUCGGUGCUCUUGCUCUCUCCAGCACUGCCAUAGCCUUUUCCAUUUCUGCAGUUACAGGCUUCAGCGUUCUCUUAGGCUUGUCCAGUGCCCUCGAAACUCUAUGUGGACAAGCUUAUGGAGCUCAACAAUAUCAAAAAGUUGGAGUUCAGACUUACACUGGUAUGUUUUGCAUCUUCUUAAUUUGCAUUCCUCUGUCCCUAUCUUGGCUCUUCUUGGAAAAGCUACUUCUAUUCGCUGGUCAAGAUCCUCUGAUUUCGCACGAAGCUGGGAAAUUCAUUGUUUGGCUGAUUCCUGGGCUCUUUGGUUCCGCAUUUCUUCAACCACUUGUAAGAUAUUUCCAGUCACAAAGCUUAGUAAUUCCCAUGGUCAUUUUCUCUUGCAUCACUCUCUGCUUCCACAUACCAUUUUGUUGGUUAAUGGUGUACAAGGCUGGACUCAGAAAUCUGGGGGGAGCAUUAUCUAUGAGUUUGUCAUAUUGGCUGAAUGUGAUUUUGCUAGCAUUGUACAUGAAAUUCUCGCCCAGGUGUGAGAAAACUCGUGGAGUCAUUUCUAUGGAGCUGUUUCAAGGAAUUCGAGAGUUCUUUAGCUUGGCAAUUCCUUCUGCGGUGAUGGUUUGCCUUGAAUGGUGGUCAUUUGAGCUGAUUAUCUUACUAUCAGGGCUGCUGCCGAAUCCAGAGCUUGAAACUUCAGUUUUAUCUGUUUGUCUCAAUACAAUUGCUACCCUUUAUUCAAUAGCAUAUGGACUUGGUGCUGCAGGAAGCACAAGAGUUUCCAAUGAACUAGGUGCUGGGAAUCCGCAGGCGGCUCGUCGAGCAACAAGCGUUGUUGUAUUCCUCGCCAUCUUGGAAACCUCAAUAUUGAGCACAAUCCUUUUUGCUCUUCGUCACGUCUUUGGUUAUACUUUCAGCAAUGAGAAGGAUGUUGUGGCUUAUGUUGCCUCCAUGGCACCUCUGAUUUGCGUAUCUGUGAUAUUGGACGGCAUACAGGGUGUCCUUUCAGGCAUUGCUAGAGGGUGUGGAUGGCAGCACAUUGGUGCAUAUGUAAACUUGGGGGCCUUCUAUCUUUGUGGGGUUCCAGUUGCUGCCCUUCUUGGUUUCUUGGUGCAUCUGAGAGGAAGAGGCCUUUGGAUUGGCAUACAAAUUGGGGCUUUUGUGCAAGCCAUGUUGCUCUCCUUCAUUACAAUUCGAAUAAAUUGGGAAGAACAGGCAAGAAGGGCUGGUGAGAGGCUUUUGAUUUCUGAGAGCAGUUAUCCAUAAGAUUAUAUUUGGAGCAAUCAAAUCUCUUUUUAAACAGCGAGGCUUUGAUAUUCUUAUCCAUUUUUCAAAGUCUGAGAUUUUGAUUAAGACAUUUAUGCUUCAAGAUUUUAAGUUUUGUUAGAAAGAAUUUUUAAUUUUGUCAUUUAUUAAAAUAAUGGGAGUGUUCGGUUGCACAUCUA